GGCGGCGGCGGCGGCGGCGGCAGCUGAGGAGGGCCCGGUUGCGGGAGCCGCGGGGAGGACCGGUCUCGGCGCGCCGCCACCAUGUCGGCGCCGUCGGAGGAGGAGGAGUAUGCGCGGCUGGUGAUGGAGGCGCAGCCCGAGUGGCUGCGCGCCGAGGUGAAGCGGUUGUCCCACGAACUGGCAGAGACCACGCGCGAGAAGAUCCAGGCGGCCGAGUACGGGUUGGCGGUGCUGGAGGAGAAGCACCAGCUCAAGCUGCAGUUUGAGGAGCUCGAGGUGGACUAUGAGGCCAUCCGCAGCGAGAUGGAGCAGCUCAAAGAGGCAUUUGGACAGGCGCACACAAACCACAAGAAGGUGGCUGCAGAUGGUGAGAGCCGMGAAGAGAGCCUGAUCCAGGAGUCGGCCUCCAAGGAGCAGUACUAUGUGCGGAAGGUGCUGGAGCUGCAGACGGAGCUGAAGCAGCUGCGCAACGUCCUCACCAACACGCAGUCAGAGAAUGAGCGCCUCACAUCAGUGGCCCAGGAGCUGAAGGAGAUCAACCAGAAUGUGGAGAUCCAGCGCAGCCGCCUGCGGGAUGACAUCAAGGAAUACAAGUUCCGGGAGGCCCGCCUGCUGCAGGACUACUCCGAGCUGGAGGAAGAGAACAUCAGCCUACAGAAGCAAGUGUCUGUGCUCAGACAGAACCAGGUGGAGUUUGAGGGCCUCAAGCAUGAGAUCAAGCGCCUGGAGGAGGAGACUGAGUACCUGAACAGCCAGCUAGAAGACGCCAUCCGGCUCAAGGAGAUUUCAGAACGGCAGCUGGAGGAGGCUCUAGAGACACUGAAGACGGAGCGGGAGCAGAAGAAUAGUCUGCGCAAGGAGCUGUCGCACUACAUGAGCAUCAAUGACUCCUUCUACACCAGCCACCUGCAGGUCUCCCUGGACGGCCUCAAGUUCAGUGAUGACACUGCUGCCGAGCCCAACAAUGAUGCCGAGGCCCUAGUCAAUGGCUUUGAGCACGGUGGCCUGGCCAAGCCAUCGCUGGACAAUAAGACGUCCACACCCAGGAAGGAUGGGCUGGCACCCCCCUCCCCCAGCCUCGUCUCUGACCUGCUCAGCGAGCUCCACAUCUCUGAGAUCCAGAAGCUGAAGCAGCAGCUGGUGCAGAUGGAGCGGGAGAAGGUGGGCCUACUGGCCACACUGCAGGACACGCAGAAGCAGCUGGAGCAAGCUCGGGGAGCCCUAUCCGAGCAGCAUGAGAAGGUGAGCCGCCUCACAGAGAACGUGAGCGCCCUGCGGCGCCUGCAGGCCAGCAAGGAGCGGCAGACAGCCCUGGACAAUGAGAAGGACCGCGACAGCCACGAGGAUGGUGACUACUAUGAAGUAGACAUCAAUGGGCCCGAGAUCCUGGCCUGCAAGUACCAUGUGGCCGUGGCCGAGGCUGGUGAGCUCCGUGAGCAGCUCAAGGCACUGCGUAGCACACAUGAAGCUGCUGAGGCCCAACACGCAGAAGAGAAAGGCCGCUAUGAGGCUGAAGGCCAGGCACUCACCGAGAAGGUCUCCCUGCUGGAGAAGGCCAGCCGCCAGGAUCGGGAGCUACUGGCCCGGCUGGAGAAGGAGCUGAAGAAGGUGAGCGAUGUGGCUGGCGAGACGCAGGGCAGCCUGAGCGUGGCCCAGGAUGAGCUGGUCACCUUCAGUGAGGAGCUGGCCAAUCUCUACCACCACGUGUGCAUGUGCAACAACGAGACCCCCAACCGUGUCAUGCUGGACUACUACCGCGAGGGCCAGGGCGGGGCCGGCCGCACCAGCCCCGAGGGCCGCGGGCGCCGCUCACCCAUCCUCCUGCCCAAGGGGCUGCUGGCCACAGAGGUGGGCCGAGCAGAUAGUGYACCUGGGGACAGCAGCCCCUCACCCAGCUCUUCACUGCCGUCACCCCUGAGUGAUCCCCGCCGGGAGCCCAUGAACAUCUACAACCUGAUUGCUAUCAUCCGCGACCAGAUCAAGCACCUGCAGGCUGCCGUGGACCGCACAACAGAGCUGUCCCGGCAGCGCAUUGCCUCUCAGGAGCUGGGCCCUGCUGUGGACAAGGACAAGGAGGCACUCAUGGAGGAGAUCCUCAAGCUGAAGUCGCUGCUCAGCACCAAGAGGGAACARAUCACCACGCUGCGCACUGUGCUCAAGGCUAACAAGCAGACGGCUGAAGUGGCCCUUGCCAACCUGAAGAGCAAGUAUGAGAAUGAGAAGGCCAUGGUGACUGAGACCAUGAUGAAGCUACGUAACGAGCUCAAGGCCCUCAAGGAAGACGCAGCCACUUUCUCCUCGCUGCGUGCCAUGUUCGCCACCAGAUGUGACGAGUAUAUCACACAGCUGGAUGAGAUGCAGCGGCAACUGGCCGCCGCGGAGGAUGAGAAGAAGACACUUAACUCCCUGCUGCGCAUGGCCAUCCAGCAGAAGCUAGCGCUGACCCAACGGCUGGAGCUGCUCGAGUUGGACCAUGAGCAGACCCGACGGGGCCGUUCCAAGGCCACCCCCAAGGCCAAGCCAGUCACCCCGAGCGUAAGUCACACCUGUGCCUGUGCCAGUGACAGGGCUGAGGGCACUGGGCUCUCCAACCAGGUGUUCUGCAGUGAGAAGCACAGCAUUUACUGUGAUUAGGGCUGUGGGGGCGCCGCACGCUGCAGCUAACGUCUGCUUCACCUCAACUAACCCAGCAGCAGCGGGACAGCGGUGCUAGGCCGGUCUUAACGUGACUAAUGCACAGAGGGCAGGAUUCUAGCCGAGCAGCAGCGUGGGGCACAUCUGUCACCAGGAUGCUCCUGUGAGCUUUGUGUCGCUUCUUCCUCCUCAGCCCCCUCAGGAGCUCCUGGUGUCAGCUGUUGUCUUGGUGGGAUCCCAGAGGUGGGGGUGGAGCUGUGCUCCAUUACUGAAGACAAGUGCAAGAAGUGUCUUCGGGGCCCCAGGCACUAUCGGGAAAACGCAAUGGAAAGAGUCCCGGUCCCGCUCCCUUGGGACCCACAGAGGGGCAGAACCUGAAUUGAAACUUGCAUGUUCCUCGCAUGUGUCUAAUGUCAGCACCUGAAAGCAGUGGUAGAAGGUUCUGGCAUCCAGCCUCAGGAUGGCUCUGCGGUUGGCAUAGUUUUAAGGAAAGAGUUAUGUUGUAGUCUUUUGCAGGAUCUCACUGCAAAUCACAUUCAGGACAAAAGUACAGAAUUUCAUCCCCAGACCAAGAGAAGAGUGGCCCUGAGCUCUUGCAUUCUACAGACAAGACUCACGUCUCAGACACAGCUGACUGUGGGUAGCACAGGAGAGCAGAGCUCAGCAGCCCUGGUUUCUGAGAUUUACAUGCUGGUCUGGUGGCCCUGUGAGGUCCCAGUUGGCAGGGCCCAAGGCCUAGGGUUUCCUUUUUUAAUAAGAAAAGUGUUCCAAGUGCCUGGCCAGUUCUUGGUCCUCCGUGUGACGCCUGUCCUGUUGUAUUUGGAUAACCCGGGCUGCCCACUUUCAGGCCUUCCUCCCAGGGAGUUUCCGACCUGAAGAAGCAGGGCUUUGAGAACUGCAGCCUGAAGUCUGAGCUGCCAGCAGGCUCGGCUGAACUGCAGGAUACAGGUGUAGCAGAGCCCAGCCUUGUUUUGGGAGAGCUUUGCAUGGCCCCGGGGCUGGUUCCCUGGCUGGCAGGUAGGAGGUGUGUGGUUCUCUAUUUAGUGCAAUUUGGGGGUGGUGACAGAGGAAAGCUAGCCAAGGGCUUUCUUAUAUGGGGAGGCUCUGUCUGCGCCAGAGCUGUGGCAUCAGGCAUCUGAGUUCACACGUUCUGAAGCAGAACUCUUCUCAGUAUUUUUCUCCUGAUCCCUUUGGGGGCAGCUGGACCUCAGGCUACUGUCUGUUCCCGAUUGCUGCUUCCCUAAGGGAAGGGGACUAGCGUUGCCUGGUGCGAGGCCAUGUUGUCCUCACACAGCCGUCUGCCCACCACCCGCUCUUCUCUUUGGUGCSGAAGGUGGCUCGGUCUCCUCUGGAUUCUGGACACCACACAGUGCAGAACAGCUGGGGUGCAGAACAAGCCAUGUGUCCCCUGCAUGACCAUCCUGGGGAUGGCUGCCCGCAUGCCCAUCCACCUUCUUCCUUGCUGUCUCCUCGCCAGGCCAGCACGCAGCUUCUCUUGUACUUGUAAUGGGCUUUGCGGGCACUCGGAGCCACCGGUCCCCCUAACACACACGCAGGUCUCCCUCGCCAACUAACGGGCUCGCACAUGCCCAGCACGAUCAGAGUUUUAGUUGUCGAGUGAACAGGAAGCAACAGGUGACCAAUUUCUAACUCUUUCUUGUUUUCUCC